AUGGUGUCCAUAAGGUUUUUUGGCUUUGUACUUGUGUUCAUUUUGGUUCUUACAGGAGAGUCAGCUGCAGAUAGCCAAGUUCUGAAGAGAAUAUUGGCUGCACAUGGAUGUGUUAUUGAACCAGCAAGAAAAAACCCGGCCAAAUUAGGAAAGGAAGUUUAUGAUGCUGUGCCUGCGGCAGCAGAAGUAGGGAAUUCUAGGCUUGAAGGAAGGAAAAUGAUGUUAAAAUGGGGUUUGGAUAAAAAGACAGUGACAGUGGAAGGUUCGGAUGGAGAAGAGAGUGCAAAGAUUACAGGAAAGGUUACAAAUGCUUUAAACAACCAGAUUGGGAGCUCACAAGAGAAGUUCAAUUAUCAGGAUGACAGAAACAUGUUGAAGGCAAAGUUCCUAAGCUCUGCAACCCCAGAAGCUUCUAGGAAGCAUUCAGUUAAACUCCCAAGUAGAAACCAGCUCUGCUUCCAAUAUUCCAAGCCUGUUUCUGACAAGGGCAGCUCGGAAUGUUUCUCAAGGUCCCCAAAACUAGUUCCCCGAGAUUCUGAUAAUUCCCUUGAGAAACAUCAAUCCAAAAAGCUUCUUGAAGCUGCCAGAGAUUUAUUGAAUUUUAUGAACGAAGACUACCGGAUACCACCUACGAAGCCUCCUGUCCACAAUUAUGAGCCUCUGGAUCAAAAACAAGCAAUUCCGUGA